AUGCAGAGCGCCACAGCGAAUUCCUCCUCCCCCGCCGCCGCCGCACCUUCAAAACGCCUCCUUUUCGAUCGCCGCUACGGUUGGGUGUUGGAUGAAUGGAAAGACCCAUCAGAAGAAGCCUUAUCUGGUGGACGUGGAAUGUUCUGCAUCUUACCCCUUGCAAAAGGAUUGCUGAAGACGGUUUUAUCAGCUUCACAAUCGAUCAAUGCUGUUGCAAGCUCCACCUUGAAAGGCCAGAAUCUCUCCCCCGAAGUUAUGCUAGCAAAUCUCAACCAUCAAGUGCUCAGAGUUGCAUCUUCAACAAAGAAACCGCAAUUGGAUUUGAUGCCUCUCAAAAGAAACUUCACAUGGUAG